UCUGGCUGUAUGGUGACAGAGGAAGGCUGUGGUUAUUUGUCUUCAGCUCUGAGUUCAAACCCCUCACACCUGAGAGAGCUGGAUCUGAGCUACAAUCACCCAGGAGAUUCAGGAGUCCAGCUGCUCAACCACAAACUGCAGGAUCCAAACUAUAAACUGCAGAUACUCAAUGUAGAUCAUGGAGGAGAGAUGAUGACGACAGCAGGACUACGAAAGUAUGCCUGUGAUCUCACACUGGAUCCAAACACAGCACACACUCGUCUCAUUCUGUCUGAUGAGAACAGGAAGAUGAUUCAUGUGUUCGAGCAUCAGCCGUAUCCUGAUCAUCCAGAGAGAUUUAAUAAGGAGCUUCAGGUUCUGUGCAGAGAGAACCUGACUGGACGCUGUUACUGGGAGGCUGAAUGGGAUGGACGUGCUGAAAUAUCUGUGACGUACAAAGGAAUCAACAGGAAAGGAGUGAGUGAUUGUGUGUUUGGAUACAAUGACAAAUCCUGGAGUCUGUACUACGAAAGUGACAGAUUCAUGGUCCGUCACAAUAAGAACUUUACUCACAUACCUGCUGUCCGUUCAUCCUCUAAGAGAGCAGGAGUGAAUGUGGAUGUAUCGGCAGGCUCUCUGUCCUUCUACAGCAUCUCUGACACACACACACUCACACACUUAUACACACUCAACACCACAUUCACUGAACCCCUCUAUGCCGGAUUUAGGGUUGAUUAUGAAUCUCCAGUGAACUCUUCAGUGUCUCUGU